AUGGUUCAAGAGACUUUAAAAGAGGAGGGUACUGGAUUUAUUUGUUUGGGUUGGUUUUUGACGUUAUUCUUGAAAUAUCUUUAUGCUGGUUAUGUUGAUAUCACAGACAAAAUUGGAACUGAACUUUUAAAUAUUAUAAUUGCUUCAGAUGAAUUUAAUUUAACUAGGCUUACUAAAGAUUAUAUCAUUGAAUAUCAUCAAUUAUUACAAAAUGAUCUGGUUGGAGCUCUCAAACUUAGAGAUGUAUCUCAAUGGAGUCAAGAUGAUAUUAUAACCUUUAAAAGGAUUAUUUGCAGGUUUAUUCCUUUAAUUAGAUUUAAGGAUAUAUCUCCUAAGGAUUAUAUGAUCAAAAUUAAACCUUAUGAAGAAAUUUUAUCAAAGGAAUAUAGAAAUAAUCUUUUGAAUUAUUAUAUGAUCCCUGAAUGCAAGCCAAAACUUAAUAAUUUAACAUCAAGAUAUUUAAAAGAUAUUAAUUCCGUGAUAAUUGAUCAAAGACAUGUUAACCUACUUACAAAUUGGAUUGAUAGAAAUGAAGAAAGCAAAUUUAGUCUCGUGCCUCUUCGUCCAGCUGAUCAAGGGGAAGCUAAUAGAAAUGGUAAUACAGCCACAGAAUUUCAUAAAAAAUGUGAUAAUAGGGGGGCUACUAUAAUUGUAUUAAAAACUAAAAAUUCUGAAAGAAUAAUUGGAGAAUAUAAUCCACUUGAAUGGGAUCCAACAAAUGGUUCUUUUAAAUGCAUGAAAGAUAAUUUUUAUUCUCAUUUACAAAUAAAAAGAAUGUCCAAAUGGCAAAAAACAAGUUAUCCUGAUGAGAUUCUUAUCGAUUUUCAAUAA